ACCGAUUUCCCAGCUGGGAACCGCGUUGGAGGCCGAUCUGUCCAGGUCGAAACUAUGUACAAUUACCGUUUUAAUCUGCAGUUUCGAGGGCCAUAAAUAUCCGCGGAGCCGCUCAUCGACACCGACAAAGAGAACGCGGCAGAGAUGCCGGCAGGGAAGUUUGCGCGAGCAAAUUUAUUGCCGCGGCCGAUUCCACGCGGACCAAGCGUCUAUGAGCUUUUAUUCCGCCGCGGUAUCGACAGCCUCGAUCGGCGUUCUUCUCUGGUCGCGCAGGGCUUUUCGGCCGAGUCACCGUGACAAUUAAUCGCCGUGGUGCUUCGUUCCUCCGGUAUUCGCGUUUCGAGCAAAAAUAUAAAGGAGAUUUUCCGUGAUUUUUAACGUUACUCUCCUGGCUUUUUGUUGGCCGAUGGUAAUCUGUAGAUUGAAAACCGUGGAAACAAAGCAAGGCAGGGAUGAAGAACCGAAGCGAUUUUUACUACGGAGCUUUUCGCGUUUCUAACCGAGUAUAUUAUCGUGUAUUUUACUCGAACAUACCGAGAUAAACCAUUCAAACGUUACCGCAAAACAAAUGGAUUAAUUUAAUGAAAACACAUUGAGGAUAACGUAGUUGCGCUCGGUCUGACCAUAAUCGGGUUAAAUCUACUGUAACGUAAUCAAACCGUUCUAUGAUUUAACCGCGGACUGGCGCCAUCUAAUAUCGAAUUUAUCCACGUAAAUACAAUCUACAAAUCCACCGUCGCUCCAUUUGUGCCAAGGGAAACGACCAGGCCAAAAACGGCCACAUCCGAUGGAAAAAAUACAGCGAGCUUCCUAAAACGUUUUCCUACGGUCCAGUUCUUGCAACGUUACGGAAGACAACGCGGAUAGAAGCGAAACGGAAUCGUUUCCAUCGAUCCCUGACGAAGAUAUCGAUCCCCUUUGGCGGGCGGAUGAAGUGGCAGCGCGAGACGGCGGAAGUUCGCGCGAUGAAAUUUACGGCUGCAGCCAAUUCCGCGCAAAUGGAAGAGCAUCUAUGAGGUUUUAUUCGGCCUGGUUAUCGCUGCCACCUAUCGGCAGGCAUUUGUUUUUGCUUAUCGGCGGGGCUACGUCAAGCCCGUGCAGGGGGAGGCCACCGUAAAUAUGACGGACGGAUGCGACGAUGGGAUCUCAGUGGCGUCAGAACAAACGAGCGCCACGGACCCGAAGCCCCGAAAGUCUCGUACUCGGCUCGAUCGAGGGGGAUGAACGACCAAGAGACCUCCGGCGCUGACAGGGCUCCCGUUCGACUCCGAAUCGAUAUACCUGGCUGCGCGAACAAACGAAAUCUACCAGGAGAAAGGGCUGCUCGAACCAGCGCUAUCUUCCAGUUCUUUCCUUUCUUCGCCCCCUUUCUCGCGUCUAUGCUCCUCUUAUACGCAUCUCCGCUCUUCCAAGGGUUUCUUCCCCGUGUUUCUACUAUUACGUUUCUCCUCCGUGUUCCUUCGUUACAGCGAUUAAGGAAUCUGUAUUACGCGAACGACGCGCGACGGAGCCGUAGUCGUUCGAUUAUACCGUUUGAUCAGUUGGAGCGUGAUCGAUCACAGGGAAAGACGGUCGUUACUUCCACCUGAGAUUUCGAAACGUCAGAACGUAUCAAUAACAACGCGAUGAUCGAAAGCACUCGAGGCGAGCCUGCAUUUUUCCUCUCUUAAUCACCGACCCUAAUUGGUCAAUUACGCUCAUUACCGUCUCCUACGGUAGAGAGGCGAGUCGAACGAUAAAAUCAUGUUUCUCUCUCUCUCUCUCUCUCUCUCUCUCUUUCUCUCUAUCGAUAUCUCUAUCUCUUUCCUUCACUUUGCUUCUCUCACCCUCGCUCUCUCUCUCUCUCUCUCUCUCUCGCUCGCUCGUCCGUGUGCAUCAGCAGAGGAGGUAGCUCCCCACCAGAGAACCGUAUCCAUGGGUAAUCCCUGCCUGCCGUGCCUCCCCUGAAACCGAGCUGGACGUAGUUGCAAGAGAGAAACUUAUCCCUGGCAGGGAAAAAUCCGCGGGUCUAUAGCUCUGGUUCGACUCCGUUUCACGGUAAAGGAACCCGGCCAUGGAGGCGGAGCGAGCAGAGCCAUGCCCCUUCUGCCGCCUCGAGGCCUCGCCCACUUUUGAAUUUCCCCUUUCUCGCAUUUUCGUCCCCUCCUCGAACCAUCGUUCCCGCUCUGACAACGUCUCUUUUCAAACAACGGCUGGGUCUCCCACUAACCGCGGCGCCUCCACCCGCAAAACGAAAAAGUCCGAGCGCCGCAGUCGACGAUGGUCAAAGUCAGUCGACACGGAGAGCUCGAGUCGAGUAGAGGCUAGUCCAGGUUAGCUGGCCGGGAGAUCCAUCGAUCCGUCGAUCCUCGGCUCAUCUGUCAAACGCGUCACGCAUCCUUCUUCACGCGUUUCCGUGAUUACUCUUGGAAAAUUGUCGUCGAGUGUGACUCGAAGAUCAUCGGAUAGCUACAUAUUCGAUCGCUUCAUUUUCUUCGACGUUGAGUCGUGUCGAUCAGAUUGUGUGGAAUCAGUGAGAAAGACAUUUCGUUGAAUCACAGACAUUGGCACUUUAUUUCUCCUCUUGCAUCGGUGACGAGAAACUCGACAAAGGUAUCGGCAAGAUGAGAGCAUAAAAGAUCGAAGAAGAUUUACUCAGAGUGAUUCAGUGAAGAGAUAUAGAUUUACAGAGGUGUUCAAUCGCGGUCUAAGAAUGACAGUACUAAGGAUGACCUCCCCGGUGACGCCUCCAUCGAGCAGUCCAGGUUCCCACGAGGCCCAGGCACCCCAGCCGACUUCGAAACCGGUGCAUCGAUUGAGCUUUUCCGUCGCGGCCUUGUUAGCCGACACCAAAAAGUCGGACUCCUCCAGACAAGAAACGUCCUCCGUAUCGCCCAGAUCAUCACCCUUGGCCUCUUACUCCCCUGUGAGACAGGAGAACCUACCAGUCAGUCCGAACUCCGCGUUACAAAAACAUCCAGGUGACUACAGAUCGAGAUACCUGUCGGUGUCCCCGAGCGUCCAGGAACAUAGACGGAUCGCAUACGGUUCUCUGGACGCGAGGGCGCUAACUAGGUUUCCCGAGAUCGAGGUGGACAGGGUAGAAUCCCCCGGUCAACGCUCCAGAACGCUGGAUUACGCGGUUCGAACCUCCGCGGACUCCGGAUCCACGUCGGAAGUCGCACCUUGUUCCUCGUCUCCGAAAGUCGUCACAGUCGGUCACUCGGAUUUCGGUCCUCAAUCUCCUAGAAGCAGCUCUCACGAAGCCAGGUCCAGGUGUUCGGAACCGGAAGACAUCGAGGAAGAGGACGAGAACAGCCUAGUCGACGUGGAGGACCUACAGCAUCAGCAUCAGGGAAGCAGUCCGACGCCGGUCAGACCGACUCCGGCGUAUAUCGGAGGAUUUUCCAGUUUGGGAAGCAUCUCUGGCAUUCCAGCCGGUCUACAUCCCGCGGUUUGGGGUGGCGGACAUCAGGGUGCAGCGGCAGCAGCAGCCGCCGCCGCCGCCGCCGCUGCCACAGCGAGCUUCUUCCCCUCGCACUUCUCUCAUCACGCGCCAUUAAACGAGAACGGAGAACCGGCCAAGAUCAAGUGCAACCUGAGGAAACACAAGCCGAACCGGAAGCCGAGGACGCCUUUCACCACGCAACAAUUGCUCGCGCUCGAGAAGAAGUUCACCGAAAGGCAAUACCUCAGUGUCGCCGAGAGGGCCGAGUUCUCCUCCUCUCUUCAUCUCACCGAGACCCAGGUGAAGAUCUGGUUCCAAAAUCGUCGCGCGAAGGCGAAGCGUAUGCAGGAAGCGGAGAUCGAGAAAUUGCGGAUGUGUGCGGUCAGGCAGCAGCACACGACGCUGUACGGCUCUCAUCCGGGACUCUUGGCCCCGGCUAGUCUGUAUCCCGUCGGAAUGCUGUCUCAUCCCGGUUUAACGCCUCAUCAUCCGAUCUCUCAGCACUCGUCCAGAGAAUGAAAGCGACAGGAGGAGCCAGAGACUCGCCACGAUCGGUAGUGAACCGACUUGUCCUCGAUCCAACGAUCGAUUCUCCUGCGAAACUGUUUCUGGAUCCCUUUGGAACAGAAGGAAGAACGAAGAAAGAAUGAUUCGAAGGAAGAACGUAGGAUCUGUGAGUUUUGAGAUGUCGGAGGAAAAAUAAGAGAAACGGACGAAACUAUCGUGAAAUAAAAUUCACAGAGUAUCGAAGAACGGAAGAGCAUGAACAACGAGAAGUCGAACGGAUGUCGGCCGGACUCGUGCAAGACGAAUCCACGUGUUUCGGUGAGAAAGUGAUUCAGAGCGUAGAGAAGUGCUCGAUCGAAAGUUAGAAGCAUCGACAAGAAGACAAUACCUUCGAAGUGGAAUACCUUUAUGAGAAGUCUAACCAAAGCGGAACGCGUUUCGAGAAGAGAAACACGAUUCUGGAUGAAUUUGUGGACUCUCUCUUCGCGAUCGAAUCUUUCAAGUAAUGAACUUGUCUAGUGAAAGACGACAGAGAGAGAGAGAGAGAGAGAGAGAGAGAAAGAGAGAGAGACCCAAAGAACAAAACGUCACUUCUAUGGGGAGCCAUAGUGUAUCGUGAAUUUGUGCCAAUAUCAGACAUGCUGCCGUGUCUUGUACAUAGAGUGUAAAUAAUCGUUCUCCAGUUGAAAGUUUACGUAGCCUUGUAAAUAGGAUGCUAGCAAGAUGAACGAUAGUUCUAACCUGCAAGGAUCGGUGGAUCGAAGCCGCCGAGGCCUGUUUUCCAAUUUUGUAUAAAUGUAAAACCGUCGCCGAGAGAGUAGCAGAGUUUAUUUAAUAAACACACAGUAUAGAAUUAA